ACCAAGUACAGACUUCUACAGUUGCCGCUAGCUCGCGAGUUUGAGAGAGUGUUUGAAAAAGGCUUUUAAAUACAAAAUCUCAGUAUUCCGUUAUCGCUGGAAAUAAUCUAUUUCUUGUUGACGCCAGGUGAUUGCGGGGAGGAAUUUUAUUGUUUCGUAGCAUGAUGGGUGUGCGAGGCAAUGUCUCACCUCGGCCUCAGGACGGCCAAUCCAUUCACAAAUACAAGAAACUGUACAUUCUGACAUGGAUUUGUGUCAUUAUUACCUCGCUUCUCGUGUCGUCUGCUGCCGUUGUCAUCAUUGUUCACACUGUGCGUGCGGACAGGGCUGAUGUACUGACCGCUAUAAAUCAGGUGUCCUCCAACAUUACAGGCCAGUUGUCUGCCGUGCAGGAAAAGUUUGACAACCUGGAGGAGAAAGUGUCAGAUGACGUCAACAAGGCGCGAAGUUCGGAGAAGGCUGAUGUACUGACCGCUAUAAACCAGGUGUCCACCAACAUUACAGGCCAGUUGUCUGCCGUGCAGCAAAAGUUCAAUAACUUGGAGGAGAAAGUGUCCAUGGUGGAAGAUUAUGUCACGACACCAAGAAAGCUUAUUAAGCUCUGCUCUCACAACAACGGCUGUGAGAUGACCAGUAGGCAUGAAGCAAUGACCCACUGUUACAAAGUGUUCGAAGAGGAAACUACGUGGGCAGACGCGAGAAAGAAAUGUGAGUCUCUCGGUGGCUACCUGGCCGAGUUCCACGACAACGUCUCCCUGGAAUACGUGAGCCGGGUUGUAGCCAAGGAUACGUCAAGGCUCUGGAUCGGGGCCACUGACCAGGACAAAGAAGGCACCUGGACGUGGGUCACCUCCAACAAACCCCUGUCCGUGGAAGAUUGGGCCAAAAACCAGCCGGACAACUACAAGGGCAAAGAGCACUGCUUGGAAAUUGGAGCAGUAUUUGAGGGGAAAACAUGGAACGACCUGUGGUGUGAUGACAAAUUGGGAUAUCUCUGUCAGAGAGACGGGGACAACUGUGAAGACUGGCUGGAACAAGAGUAAAAGGAAACGUGUACUGCUUCGCCCACCCCACCCCCCCUUUUCGGAGAUGACCUAAUCUAACGAGCAGGUCAGGGGGGGGGGCGUGGGGUUCACAGUGGGGCUGGCGCUAAAUCUUACUGGAACAGGAAACAGUUGGCUGUGACCGUGGAAGUGUGCAAAGACAUGAAGGGUUAUACUUUACUUUUUUUACUACAACAUCUUGCUGUGGGGCUAAUGUUUUGGAAGAUUUUUGUCAUAAAUCUGAUACAGGAGAUGAUGAUGAAUAAUUUGUUAUAUUAUCACAGACAUAGAAAAAAUGUAAUCAGAAUGUUAUUGAAACACCAUACUUCCAGUUUGCUCUGUCAUUCGUUUGGGAAAAGCUUGCGUCGUGUAGACCUACCGCCCGACAGAAGAGAAUGAAUCAAAUCAACACACUAGGCCCCUACUCUAACAAAAACGAUACAGUUGUAUUCCAGCAGUAAUAAUAAUAAUAAUUAUUAUUAUAAUGUAUUAUUAUUAUUAUUAUUAUUAUUAUUAUUAUUAUUAUUAUUAUUGUUAUAAAUGACAUUUAUAUAGCGCUCACUGCACGCUUUCUCACAAUGCUUGUAUUGGAUCAUGUCCGAGAUGUCUUCACGGGUUCUUGUCUAGCUGAGUUAUUUGUCAUCCAUUUCACACUCUGUUUUUAUGAUAACUGUGUUGCAUACUAUUGAUGAAAGCCCCAGAAUUAAACUUUCUCUGUGUUUUAUUGUUUACAUUCCAUAAUUUUUUAUCUCGCGAGUUCUAUCAUACCUACUUGUCUGUCUUUUUGCAAGUUUAUCUUUUCUGGUUUAAUUAAGUAAUGCAAAAUCAUGUGUUUGUACAACGACCACUCUAGACGACAAUUCUGUUCACAUCGAUCUACGUCGUUUGAUUCCAACCAAACUCUAGAUUCCAGUCAUUUUUGUGUGUUGUCAUUAAAAAAGAUGAAAUCUACUCUUUCAAAAGAUGAG